AUGCCCGCGUCGCGAUCAGUCGCCCGCGUCUACGCAAACGUCAACGAGCGCCUCGGUCCCAACUGGCAUGACUACGAUAAUCUUACUGUAGCAUGGGGAUCUCAAGAAAACUAUGAAAUCAUCCGUAAAGUAGGCCGAGGCAAAUACUCAGAGGUGUUCGAGGGAGUAAAUAUCCGAAACGACGACAAAUGCAUCAUCAAGGUUCUUAAACCCGUCAAGAAGAAGAAGAUUAAGCGAGAGAUCAAGAUCCUCCAAAAUCUUGCUGGGGGUCCCAACAUCAUCACUUUGCUCGAUGUCGUCCGUGAUCCCACAUCAAAGAUUCCAAGCUUGGUGUUCGAAUGUGUCCAGAAUCUCGACUUCAAAGUACUGUACCCACGAUUUACAGACUUUGACAUCAGAUAUUAUAUUUUUGAGCUUUUAAAGGCACUGGACUUUUGUCACUCCAAAGGUAUCAUGCAUCGCGAUGUCAAGCCUCACAAUGUGAUGAUUGACCAUGAGCAACGCCAGCUGCGUCUCAUCGAUUGGGGUCUUGCAGAAUUUUACCAUCCACGGACCGAGUAUAACGUUCGAGUGGCCUCGAGAUACUUCAAGGGACCAGAACUGCUCGUCGACUUCCAGGAAUACGAUUACAGUCUCGACAUGUGGAGCCUCGGGUGCAUGUUUGCUUCUAUGAUCUUCCGAAAGGAGCCAUUCUUCCACGGACACGAUAACUAUGACCAACUUGUCAAGAUCACCAAGGUUCUAGGCACCGAAGAGUUAUACGCAUAUUUAGAAAAGUACGACAUCGAGCUCGACUCUGCAUAUGACGACAUCAUUGGCCGGUACCCACGAAAACCCUGGUCUCGCUUCAUCACGUCUGAGAACCAGAGGUACAUCUCCAACGAAGCCAUCGAUUUUCUAGACAAGCUGCUCCGCUAUGACCACCAGGAGCGGCUCACGGCGAAAGAGGCCCAAGACCAUCCCUACUUUGAUCCUGUCAAGCAAGCCGCCAUGAGAGGUUCGGAUUGA